UUAUCUCCACAAUCAUAAAGACUAGGGGGGUGGGGUACACCAUUUAUUUCUCAGUACCCACUAUAUUAUAUGAAUCCAUUCUCAAAUCCCAUUAAGACUUGGAAAUCUUUCAAGCAAAACGGAUUUUUGUUAGAAAAUGAGUCAGUGUGUUCCGAGUUGGGAACUGGACGACAACAAUCCACUCACCACUCGCCAUCACUCGUUCCGCUUCAACUCAAAUUCCACUGCCCCUGAUGUUCCCAUGUUAGAUUAUGAAGUAGCUGAAUUAACAUGGGAAAAUGGGCAACUAGCCAUGCACAGCUUAGGUCCACCGCGUGUGGUGGCUAAACAACUAAACGCCACCACUUGGGAUAAACCAAGAGCCAGUGGCGGUGGCGGUGGCACUUUAGAGUCUAUAGUGAACCAGGCUACUUGUUUUCCAUAUGGUAGUAAGGAUUCUGUCGGUGCUGGUGGGGAUGAAUUGGUAUGGUUGGACCACCACCGUGUUUCGGCGGCGGCGUCGUCUUCAUCAGCCACCAUGGCUAUGGAUGCUUUAGUUCCUUGUUCAGAAGACAAGACCACCACCGCACACGUGUUGGAAUCUAUGCCGGGUCUUGGUGGUGGUGGAACUUGUAUGAUGGGAUGUUCCACUAGGGUAGGAUCCUGUAGUGGGACGGUUAAUACACAAGACGAUGUCACAAGGAAACGCGAAAAGGCGGUGGGUGUACAAGUAGCACCACCGGAAUGGGAACAAAGCGCAAGUGCCAGUGCCACGUUUGGAAGAGACAGUCACCGGAACGUGACCGUCGAUACGUACGACAAAGAUUUUGGUGUUGGAUUCACUUCUAUUUCACAUGGUUCCAUUGAAAACACGAAGACUGCAACAGAUAAUGAUCAUGAUUCAGCCUCUCACAGUAAACCUCAGGAGGAGACAGGUGAGGAAGACAAAAAAGAAACUAUGAAAUCUUCCAUUUCAACAAAAAGGAGCAGAGCUGCAGCUAUCCAUAACCAAUCUGAACGUAAAAGAAGAGAUAAGAUAAAUCAAAGGAUGAAAACAUUACAGAAAUUGGUACCUAAUUCAAGCAAGGGGAACAACUUGACAGAGGGUUACGUUGAUAGGUGUGGCGACAAUCACCUGCUACCACAUAAAUACCCUUUCAUGACAGACAAAGCUUCAAUGUUAGAUGAAGUGAUUGAAUACUUAAAACAAUUACAAGCACAAGUCCAAAUGAUGAAUAGGAUGAACUUACCAUCGAUGAUGUUGCAACAACAACUUCAAAUGUCGAUGAUGGCACCGAUGGGAAUGGGGAUGAGUGUUAUGGACAUGAACUUCAUGGGCCGACCAAACAUCAUUGGUAUCUCACCUGUUUUGUCUAAUCCUUUCAUGACAAUGAAUACACCUUGGGAUGGUUCUAACAACAAUGAUCGGUUACAACAAGCUGCUUCAAUGACAGACCCUUUAUCUACAUUCCUUGCUUGUCAAUCACAACCGAUGACUAUGGAUGCUUAUAGUAGAAUGGCCGCUAUGUAUCAACAAAUGCAACAACCGCCAGCUUCUAGUUCAAAGAGUUAAGCUUUCAAUGUGCCUUUAUUUAUACACAAAAAGAAAAAGAAAAAAACAACAACAUGAACUCGGAUUAUAAUUCUUUAGUUUCAAGUGGUUGGUUAUAUGUUUUUUAUUUUAUUUUAUUACAAAGCUUUGUUUUGUUUGCAAAUUAUUGUCUUUGAAUUUGUAAUAUUAUUAAAUGGUUCUCCCAUGAGCUACCAAGGGGGUUUCUCAACA